UUAAAUUUCUCUAUUUUUCAAUUCUUUAAAAUGCCAAAAUCUUCCCACGAUUAAUAUAAAACUACGUAGCUAGAAAAUGUAAGAUAAUCCCACCUGAUCGUUUCUCUUAUUUAAACAGCAUACAAAGUCAGUCAUUGUUUGAAAUAUUGUAUAUCAAUAUGCACUGUUUUAUUUAAUCUCUCUCUCCUCUCUGUCUCUCUCUCUCUCAUGGCGGCUGCAACUCCCAUUAAAUCUCAGCUACAUUCCGACCCUUCUUCUCGAUUGUUGAAAACCCAAUCGAGUUUGAUCAGCACAAAGAAAACCCAGCUGGGAUUUGAGCCCAAAAAAUGGGAUCAGCUGGUUAUUGGGUUUGGAAAAAACAGAGGAGGAUGGAGAAGAAGAACGGACGAGGCUCAGAGGGGGCGCCGACGGGGGAUGGCGGUGACGUGUACGGCGGAGGGGAUAGAGAGAGGAAUACUGAUGGGGAAAAACAGAGGAGGAGGAGGAGCGAGAGAGGUAGUGGCUGAGGAAAUAGUGAGCGUGCCGGAGAGAUUCAAGGUGGCGGCGUUGGUGGCGUGCGUGAUGUGUUUGUGUAAUGCCGAUAGGGUCGUCAUGUCGGUGGCCAUCGUCCCUCUUGCUGCUAAAAAUGGCUGGUCCAGUUCUUUCCUGGGCGUCGUUCAGUCAUCCUUUCUAUGGGGAUACAUAUUCUCAUCAGUGAUUGGAGGUGCCUUGGUAGACAGAUAUGGAGGAAAGAGAGUGAUGGCAUGGGGUGUGGCCAUGUGGUCUUUGGCAACUCUCCUCACUCCCUGGGCUGCCAACCAUUCCACCACCAGCCUCUUGGCCGUUCGUGCCUUCUUUGGACUCUCUGAAGGUGUAGCCCUCCCGUCCAUGAGCACCCUCUUAUCAAGGUGGUUUCCGAGCCAUGAAAGAGCAAGUGCAGUUGGAAUCUCUAUGGCUGGAUUUCACCUCGGCAAUGUCGUUGGCUUACUACUAACUCCAGUUAUGUUGUCAACAAUGGGACUUUCGGGUCCCUUUAUUCUCUUCUCCUCGAUUGGACUGCUUUGGCUGACAAUAUGGGCAUACACAGUCACAAAUGAUCCAAGUGAGAGUCGUUACAUCAGCAACUCGGAGAUCCGAAUGAUCCAAGCUGGUAAAUCUGAUUCUCCAAAAAGUGGAAAGCUCCCAUCUAUGCGGCUCCUAUUUUCAAAAUUACCAACUUGGGCCAUUAUUUGUGCCAACAUAACUAAUAAUUGGGGCUACUUUGUUCUGCUUUCAUGGAUGCCGGUUUAUUUUAAGACGGUAUUUGGUGUAAACUUGAAGCAAGCUGCAUGGUUUAGUGCUGUUCCAUGGGGAUCAAUGGCAAUUUCCAGCUACAUUGCUGGUGCAGCAUCGGAUUCAUUAAUCAAGGCAGGCUACUCGUUGACUACAGUUCGAAAGAUCAUGCAGUCUAUUGGUUUUAUCGGCCCUGGAGUGUCAUUGCUCGGCCUAAACUAUGCCAAAACACCCGAGGCUGCAGCGGUACUCCUCACAGCAGCCUUGUGUUUGAGCUCUUUCAGUCAAGCCGGCUUUCUCCUUAAUAUCCAAGAUAUAGCGCCACAAUCCGCGGGAUUUCUCCACGGGAUUACAAAUUCAGCCGGGACAGUGGCGGCGAUAAUCAGCACGAUAGGAACUGGUUAUUUUGUACAAUGGUUAGGAUCGUUUCAGGCAUUCCUAACGGUCACUGCAGGGCUAUAUUUCGCGACAACAAUCUUUUGGAACCUAUUUGCUACCGGAGAGCGCGUCUUCUAGACCGAAAUUUCCAUCAGUUUGCGCAAGUAAAUCAUUAGCUUACGUUUGUUGGUAAAUGUCCGAUGUUUAUGUUAGGCUAGGAAAAUGAUGAACAUAAAAUAUUCACUUGGGAGUUCAAAAUUAGGGUCAUUUGUGGGUCAUUUGAUCAUUUGAUCAUGUAGAGAGUUCAACUUUUGAUUAUGCAAAAUGUUUGUCUGAAGUGCUUCUGUAUUGCAUUUGUUAUUUUCCAUUGCUCUUAAGUUGUAUAUUUGUAGGUAGUACUACCACAGACU